AUGACGGAGGUCAGCGUUCAUUCCCUUCAGGAGGAAAAUCGUCAACUACAAAACGCAUUGAAAGAAGCAUUGCAAGAAAAGUGCGAAGCUGCCCAAUAUGGACUCCGACUUCUGGAAGAAAAACAGCAACUACGUGCUGAAGAAGUUAAUCGUGAACUGAAGUUGUCGAAGCAGGUUCUACAUGAACAAAAUGAAAUACAGCGGUUUGAAGAAGAGCAGGAUAUGUUGUCAAAAUACGCAAACAAGGAACAACAGUUGAUUACUCAGGUACAAGACCUCGAGGUUGAAUUAAAAGAAAUCAAAAUCAAACUGGAAAGACAAAUGACAGACAAUGAUGGGCUGCAUCAGAAAUGUGCCGAUCAGACAGCGAAAUGCGAAGAGUUGCAGCAAUCAAACCAGCGACUCAAAAACGAACUUAAAGAAAUUAAAGUCAAGGAAGGACAGCUGUUACAUGAAUUCGACGAUUUAGAAGCGGAAAACUUGGACCUACAGAAGACCAUUCUUGCUCUUAAAACAAGUCAGGUGGAAUUUGAAAGCCUUCGGCAUGAAUUCAAACGACUUCAAGAAGAGAACGAAAUCAUCCAUUCUCAGUUAGAAGAAAUCACCCGUCUUAAGCGAAUGACCGAAAAAUCUCUUGAGGAAGCUCUUGAGUCACUACAAAUAGAACGGGAUCAGCGCCACAACCUUAGAAAGGAGUUGGAUAGCCGCUUAACCUCAGAAUCGAUGUAUCACUUCACGACUCUUCAUAGUGAUCUUAAAGGACCUGUUAACCUAAAUAUAAACUAUCGCGAUGGAAUCUCUAGUGCAAAUCAGGCACUCGAUAAAGCAGAGGCGGCUCUCAUAGAGCAACUCGAUUGCGAAACCAAAUGUGAGUGGCUAGCUAUGUUUCGGAUCAAUACUGUAAUAUUCAUAAAACCCUGUCAUUGUUUGGUCCCAUCCUUUUGUUUUUCGCGAAUUGGACCUAAGAGUAAAGUUGCCAUAUCUUUCGAAGUAGGAUUUUUGUUAAGCACUUCAUGCUAG